UUCGGACGCGAGCGCUUCGGGCGGUGCGGGAGGAAAAAGUUUUUCUUGGAGAGCUGAGCAACAACUGGAUUCGAGCAGAGCAGGCCAGGUUGGGUGUUGACUAUAGCAGACUUUAGGACAGAGGCGGUUUUUUUUUCUGCUCUUCCCCCAUUUUUCUCCGACUGUGCCAGCCCCAAACCCACAGAGCGCUUUCCCUAACACCGGCUGUAAGGCGGUGACGCGGCGGACCAUGGACAACAGGCCUGUACGGAGGAGGCGAACCGGCGCUGUCCGACAUCUGCUGCUGGCAGCCGCCUUCCUCGCCUGCAGCUCCCAGCUGCUGGUGGUGGAUGCCAACUCAUGGUGGUCACUAGCUCUGACCCCGAUCCAGCGGCCAGAGAUGUACAUCAUUGGAGCUCAGCCUCUCUGCAGUCAGCUGUCUGGACUCUCUCAGGGCCAGAGGAAGCUCUGCCAGCUGUACCAGGACCACAUGAUCUACAUUGGAGACGGAGCCAAGACUGGCAUCAAGGAGUGCCAGUACCAGUUCAGACAGAGGAGGUGGAACUGCAGCACUGUGGACAACACAUCUGUGUUUGGCCGGGUCAUGCAGAUCGGCUCCAGGGAAACAGCCUUCACCUAUGCCAUCAGCGCGGCCGGCGUGGUCAACGCCAUCAGCCGGGCGUGCCGCGAGGGCGAGCUCUCCACCUGCGGCUGCAGCCGUGCCGCUCGACCCCGUGACCUUCCGCGCGAUUGGCUGUGGGGCGGCUGUGGCGACAACGUGCAUUACGGCUACCGGUUCGCCCGCGAGUUUGUGGACGCCAGGGAGAGGGAGAAGAACUACCCACGCGGGUCACCUGAGCACGCCCGAACACUGAUGAACGUGCAGAAUAAUGAGGCAGGCAGACAGGCAGUCUAUAACCUUGCUAAUGUGGCCUGUAAGUGUCAUGGAGUCUCGGGUUCCUGCAGCCUGAAGACAUGUUGGCUCCAGCUGGCCGACUUCAGACGUGUCGGAGAGUUUCUGAAGGAGAAGUACGACAGCGCCGCAGCCAUGCGCAUUGGACGCAAGGGAAAGCUUGAGCUGGUCGACAAACGCUUCAACACCCCGACCCCGGAGGACUUGGUCUACAUUGACCCCAGCCCGGACUACUGCCUCCGCAAUGAGACCACAGGCUCCCUGGGCACGCAGGGCCGCCUCUGCAACAAAACCUCGGAGGGCAUGGACGGCUGCGAGCUGAUGUGCUGCGGCAGAGGGUACGAUCAGUUCAAGACCUACAAGCACGAGCGCUGCCACUGCAAGUUCCACUGGUGCUGCUACGUCAAGUGCAAGCGCUGCACGACACUCGUGGACCAGUUUGUGUGUAAAUAGCACCCUGACAGACGACAGACGGAUGGAAGGGGAUGAAAAAGGAGGAGAGGGGGACAUUAGUGGGACAGAGGGAUGGUGGAGGGUGAAGGAUUUGUGAUGGGAAGGGGAUUUUUCAGGGUUUUGUUCAGGAUGAGUUAAGACAGUAAGUUCCAUUUUCUGACAAAGCUGCUCUUGUCUUUUUCCUCACCUCCAAUGAUAAAUCUCCUACCUUUUCACAACAAAGUGCAAAAGCCUCAUAACACCUGUGCGGCCAUUUUUUGUGUGUAAACAGCAGAAUAAUGAAUGGAUAAAUGAGGAAGAACAACAGAUGAAUGGGAGGAGAGACAAAAGUAAGAAGCAGGGAGGAAUGGGAGGUCUUCCACACUUUUCAGACAACUCUGUGAGAGUCUUGUUUUCCCACCACUCCGUCAUCACUUUCUACUUUUCUGUAUAAUAUCCUGAUCACAACCCUGAAGGGAAGGAGGGAUGGAGGGAAGGAAGGACAAACAAAACGGAUGAACAAAGAAAGACAUCAAGGAUAAACGCAGGUGAAGGUGGAACAACUGGAUCCUAAAAAGGGGACACAUAUGACUAGUGUGAGAUGAUUACGAGAAAUGAAAUAAAUAUAUAAUUAAAUAAUAAAUAAACAUACAACUCUGUUUGUUAUUUAAAAAGACUCGAGCAAGCCUGAGACACAGUUUGGACCCAUAAAACUGUUCACAUGUUUGGGGACCCCCCCCCCCACUCACACAAACACAAAUCAUUACAAUCCUUAUGGAGUUUGAGUGCUGACCUAGUGGUGUCACCAUGUGUGUUUCAAAGACCCUCUGACCUUUAACCCCGCAAGAGAAACCCCCCCACAUGCUUGAGUUGUGCUGACAUUGCCAGACACACCUGCAACAUGUUCAGGAAUGCAGAGAAGCCCCGACUGAAACAGAUAGAAGAGAGAAAAAAGAAGGGGGAUCGCUUAUUGGGGGUACAAAUGACAAAUGGGGUGAAUGGAGGGAAAAAAGAAAAGGGGAAACAGUAAUGAAUUUGAAAGAACAGAAGGAGAAGGACUGUGGGUGAUUAUUUUUGCAACAAUAUCAACAAAGCUACACUGCUGAUUGGAAAACUCAAGCAAAGGAAAACCCAGCUCUAGAUCUCUGUUCAAAAAUACAAUAAAGUGCAGCCACGACACUUCAUCUCCAAGUCAAAAUGGACUAAUGACUUAUAGUACACACUCUUCCACUUGUCUCAGCGUAACUGCUGCUGUGACCUGACAAGUGUGUCUGUGCAGGUUAAUGAGGCUCGCCGGCUGCAGCCGUCUCGACGCGCUGGCUGUUUAAACAAGCAGCUCACACCGGCAGCCCGGCUCCGUGACCUUCAUCUGACAGUGAAGCGAGCGAGAAAACCUCCAUUAGUGAGAUUAAUGUGCUGUAUCUGCUUUAAUGAAACCGCACUAAGAGACACGUUCACUGUGAGUGGACCUCUUCAUCUCAUGUUGUUAUGCAACUUAUCAAGUCAACAAAAAGCCCUGUGGUGUCGAUUUGGCAGUUGUGCCACCAAUUUAUAACGUUUUGUAACACUGUUGUACCGUGAAUUUUAUAAUUUGCGUGGGUUGGGUUGAGAAUAUUGUAAGUUUAUAAUAUAAUACAAUUGAUGGACACAGUUAAUAACAAACACGAAGAGGACAAAGUGAACAGAAGAGGACUGAACAUGCUGUGGAAAAAUGAAUGUGUGAGUGCGGCAAAACAGAAAGGACUGCAAAUUAUUAUGGGCUACUUUUAAAAAAUAGUAGAUCAGAAAAGAAAGUAUAUUUUAUUAUUGUUUUUCAUCCUCUGUUUUCUAUGUUUUAUACGUGAGCAUUACUAUGUAUACUUUUGAUAAACUAG